AAAAAAGUACGGAGGACCCCAAGCUACUAACCAAGUAAGCAAACGACACCACCGUUGCUUCUCUCUGCUCUGCGACUGCGGUGGCUUCGAUUGUUGUUUUCGAAACAGGACAAUGGAAGAGUCUGCAAAGUUUCUUCUUAUUUCUGUCAUUUUAAUGGGUAUUCUUAGCGAAGCAAAGUCAGAUGCUUUCACCCACAGGUAUGAGAAGGGAGAUCCAGUGCCCCUAUAUGCCAACACGGUUGGACCAUUUCGCAAUCCCAGUGAAACUUAUCCAUAUUACUGCCUUCCAUUUUGUCCAACAGAUCACUGGGAAGAGAAGAAGGGAACUUUUGGUGAGGUGUUGAAUGGAGAUCGUCUUGUUUCUGCUCCAUAUAAGCUUGAUUUCAGGGUGGACAGAGAAUCCCAAGUUUUGUGCAGGAAAAACUUGACUAGAGAAGAAGUUUCUCAAUUUCGAACAGUAAUUGCACAGGAUUACUACUUACAGAUGUAUUAUGAUGACUUGCCAAUGUGGGCUUUUAUUGGAAAGAUUGCUAAUGGUAGCCCAAAUGGGUCUAGAUAUUUCAUAUACACAAAGGUGCAUUUUGAAAUUUAUUAUAAUGGUGACCACAUAAUUGAAAUUAACCUCCGAACGGAUCCCUCAUUUAAGACUGACUUAACAGAGGACAAAGUUAUUGAGGUGGAGUUCUUGUAUAGUGUAAAGUGGAAGGAAACGACCGCUCCAUUUGAAGAGAGAACUUUAAAGUACACACAUUCUGCCAUUUUGCCACAUCAUAUGAGCAUCCACCGGUCUAGUAUUUCAUAUUCAUUUUGGAUAGUUCUCAUCUUGGUUGGUUGUCUGGUGGCAUUAUAUGUGCGGGUCCUCAGGAAAGAUUUCAAUAAUGAUGAGGAACUAGCUGAUAACCAAGAAGAGGCAGGAUGGAAGGUCAUCCAUGGGGAUGUGUUCCGAUACCCAAAACACAAGUCCUUCUUUGUUGCAGCAGUUGGUUGUGGCACACAGCUAUUUACAGUUGUGUUGUCCAUUAUGACCUUAGGGAUUAUGGGUGUAUUUCGUCCAUAUGACCGUGGAGUUCUGAGGAUUGCCUUGGUCUUCACAUAUGCAGUAACAAAUGUUAUUUCUGGAUUUAGUGCCGUUUCAUUCUAUCAUCAACUUGAAGGAAGCAACUGGGUGUGGAAUCUGCUUCUAACUGGCUUUCUCUUCGGUGGUCCUCUCUUUCUUGCAUGUUGUUUCCUAAAUGCUGUUGCAACUAUAUAUGGCUCUACUGCAGCACUUCCCUUGGGUACAAUUGUGGUCAUUUUUCUUAUAUGGCUAUUUUUAGCUUUCCCAUUGCUUUUGCUGGGUGGGAUUGUUGGGAAAAUCACAAAGUCCAAGUUUCAAGCUCCUUGCCGCACCACACAGUGUCCUAGAGAAAUUCCAGCACUCCGUUGGUAUAGGGGUGUUCUUCCUCAAAUGGCAUUUGCAGGAUUGCUGCCAUUCAGUGUUAUCUAUAUUCAGCUCUAUUACAUCUUUGCCAGUGUAUGGGGUCACAGGGUGUAUACAUUAUAUGGUGUACUAUUCAUUUGCUUCAUUCUACUUGUAGCCAUGACUGCCCUCGUCUCAAUUGGUUUUACAUACCUUCAACUUGCUGCUGAAGAUCAUCUAUGGUGGUGGAGGUCAUUUCUUCAUGGUGGUUCAACUGCCCUCUACGUCUAUGCUUACUGCUUUUUCUAUUACUUCGAAAGAGCAGAUAUGAGCGGUCUAAUGCAAACCUCUUUUUUGUUUGGCUACAUGGCUUGCAUCUGCUAUGGCCUUUUCCUUCUGUUAGGCACUGUUGGAUUCUUUGCUUCUUUACUAUUUGUUCGCUACAUAUAUAGUUCUAUCAAGUGUGAUUGAUAGCUAGUUGUACCUUGACCUUUUGAUGCAUUCUUGCUCUUUCAAUCACACUAGAUCCUGAAGUUACAUAUUUUGUCCAAGAGAAGCAUUCAAAAUGGACAAUUGAGGAAGGAAAAAUCCAUUUUGAAGUAUUACAAAAGAAAGAAAUGAAGCAUUCAUUGCAUGCA